CUCCAGACCCAGAUUCUCUCACAGCAAAAAAAAAAAAAUUUAAUAAAAUAAAAUUCCAGAAAUCUGCUUUGAGAGGCAAGGAAUCCGAGCCCCCCGGCCCCAGAUGGUUGAUUUCUUCCAAUUUUGAAAAUCCGACUUUCCGGUCUGUUUUGAUUUUGUCUCCUUGCAGUUGCAGCAGAGACUCCUUUCCGUUUCGUACAAGUCCCAUCCAAUUUCCCGACCCUCCAUUUUGACCCAACAUUUCAACGCUCAAAACGCAGCGUUUUCCCAUUCCGCACCACCACCUCCCUCUCCGAGCCGAUUCGAUCCUUUUUUUUUUUUUUUUUUUCCCGAAUACAAAGCUCUUCUCUCCCUCUCUCUGCGCGAGCGCGCGUGUUUCUCCAAUUCAUUUAUUAUUAUUAUUAUUAUUAUUUAAAAAAAAAAAGAAUUUAUUUAAUAAUGACCAAGCAAAGCAAAAUUGGGUCAUGGUAAUUAUCGGAGUUUCCUCGUUUGCUCAUAGUCUCGUUGUGAGGGUAUUGCAGUUGCAAGGUGUAGUGAAGUUGGAACAUGUAUCACGCUAAGAAAUUUUCGAUGACGAACUUGGUGCCGCACAAAGGUGGUCAAGGUAGUGAGCCGCUGGCGAUGACUGCUGGGGUUUUGGGGGGAUCUUCUGCAGUCAAAAAUUCGACGCUUGCUGCUUCUGGGGGAGCUGGGAAGCAACGUUUGCGCUGGACUUCCGACCUUCAUGACCGUUUUGUGGAUGCCAUCACGCAACUUGGCGGACCAGAUAGGGCAACACCAAAAGGUGUUCUAAGAGUGAUGGGCGUACCUGGACUCACCAUUUAUCAUGUGAAAAGCCAUCUACAGAAGUAUCGCCUUGCAAAGUACCUUCCGGAUUCUCCUGGUGAUGGCAAAGGUUCUAAAGAUGAGAAGAAAAGUUCUGGAGACAGCUUUUCUGGCACAGAUUCUUCCCCUGGAAUGCAAAUUAAUGAGGCACUGAGGAUGCAAAUGGAGGUUCAGAAGCGUCUUCAUGAACAGCUUGAGGUUCAAAGACAAUUACAAAUGAGAAUAGAAGCUCAGGGUAAAUAUUUGCAAAAGAUAAUCGAGGAGCAGCAGAAACUAGGUGGUGCACUGAAAGCUUCUGAGACCUUGCCAUCAUUGGAUGAGGAAGAUAAGCGAAAGCCAUUUGAGUCAGAACCACCUGGUGAUGCUUCUGCCGGCCCCUCAUCUCCCCGGAAGAAACAAAAGGUGGAUGAUGUACUAACGGAAGGCUUCGCCGCCGCCUCGGUGCCAACAAAAAGUGACCAAAAGAAUGAUUUUGUUGGUCAGUGGGAUCGGGACUUUUAUGGAAGUGAUGCUGGGUUUGGAUUAGAGUUGGGAACUGAGAUCAAGGAGGGAGAUGAUGUAGAUCAGAGAGCAGCUCUGGAACUAGGUCCCAUGUGUGGUUCAAAAUAGUUAAUGUGGUCUUUUGUAAUGUUUGUAGCAGGAGUUAUAAAACCAUGCUUUGUGUAAAUCUAUACACGCAGUCCAUUUGUAGAUAUAAUUAAAUACAAAAUCUCUAGUUAUUCUC